UAGUCUGAUGCCUGGCCAUAUAUGGGAUGUGGGAGCUGCAGCAUUCCGCAUGGGUAAUAUUGUGCUUUUCAUCAGCUGGUAGAGGCUCGUCUACCUCUGCGCUGCGCUCUUCUUUUCUCCUGGGGUCCUUUGAGGUUGCCAAAUAUGGCUGCAGUCGUUACCAGACACAAGCAUUUCAGUCAUGACUACCGCAGUACUGAGUCUAAAUAUGUUGCGCAGGAAUACUCCAGCUCUGCUGUUGAAGAGGUGAAAUAUCAAUCACACAGGAGAAUCCAGAAAGUGGUGGAGAGGAAGAUGCCUGAGAAAUACAUCCGCGAGGAGUCAAUGAUCAGGGGCCCCAAGUUCCAGGCGAGGCUGAGGUCCCACACAGUGUUUGAGAACUCACACAUUAAACUUUUCUGCACUGUGGAGGGUUAUCCCACCCCACAAGUCAAAUGGUUCAGGGAUGGUGUCAUCCUGGACAUUUCCUCUGGAAAGUACUUUGUGGAGAGCAGCGCUGGAUUUCAUGCCCUCGCCAUCCUCAAGUGCGCAACCGAUGACACGGCCAUGUACGCGGCCGUUGCCUCCAACUCGCAUGGACAGGCUUCUUCCCAGGCUUCAAUCAUUGUGAAGAGGGUCAAAGAGGAAGAAAAAUCCACUGCUUAUUCCUGGUUACCUUACGAGUGUGCCAUUUUACCUGAAAUCAAGUAUACAAAAAUUAACAUCACCUUCACUGAGACGUUUGGCGUGACCUUUGGGACAGAAGGUGAUAAGGUCACAUUGUCCUGCAAGAUGACCAUUAACCCCAACCUGGCCAACCUGCAGCCUGAAGCACUCUGGUACAGAGACGAGCACCUUCUGAAAGAAUCAAAGUGGGUGAAAAUGGAGUCGGGAGGUGGUGUUUCUAAGCUCACACUGACUCAACUGGCUAAGGAUGAUGAGGGUCUUUACACCCUCCGCAUGGUGACCAAGGGAGGGGAUGCGGUCCACAAGGCUUUCGUCUUCGUUGAUGAUGGUCCACCUCCAGUUCCUCAAGCUCCUGGAGCCCCCAUGGAUCUCAAGAUUCAUGACGCUAAUAGAGAUUAUGUCAUCUUGUCCUGGAAACCUCCUAACACCACCACUGAAGGUCCCAUCGUUGGAUAUUUUGUUGACAGAUGUGAGGUCGGAACAGAGAACUGGGUGCAAUGUAACGACUCCCCCGUGAAGAUCUGCAAAUAUCCCGUGCAAGGCCUGUUUGAAGGACACUCUUAUUACUUCCGUGUGCGCGCCGUCAACGCCCGCGGCAUCGGAAGAUCCUCCAGAGUGUCUGAACCUGUUACCGCUUUGGACCCAACAGAGUUUGAGAGACUCCAUGCGACAAAACUUGGUGGGAAACUCGACAUUGUGACUUACUACGAUGACCUUGAAGCCGAGGGAAUAGCUCCAGGACCUCCCUCUAAAGUCUGUGUCUCAGAGACGGACCGAACAUAUGUUGUGCUCAGUUGGGUGGCUCCAGUCUACCAUGGAAAAGCCCCUAUGUGGUAUUACAUUGAGAAGCUUCAGGUUGGAAGUGGAUCCUGGCAGAGAGUGAACACUAAAGUGCCCAUCAGAUCUCCUCGAUAUGCCGUCUUUGACCUGUCCGAAGGGAAGGACUAUCAGUUCCGCGUGCUCUCGGCCAACAUGUAUGGCAUCAGCGAUCGAUCCGAGCCCUCCAAACCUGUAAAGACUCUACAGCUGAAGGGUGUGCCCUCAGCUCCCGGACAAGUUGUUGCUACGAGAGAGACGGACACCUCGGUUCUGAUCCAGUGGGCUCCUCCGAAAGACCCCAAUAACCUGAUUGGAUAUUACAUUGAUUCUUGUGUAAAAGGCUCCAAGGACUGGACCUCAGCCAAUCACAAGCCCAAUAAGAAGACCAAGUUUGUUGUACACGGCCUGACCACCGGCGAAACGUAUGUGUUUCGUGUACAAGCCAUCAAUGAGCUGGGCCUUAGCGAUGAAUCUCAGGAAUCUGCCCCUCUUUCUGUGAGAGCCGCUCUGAAGUUGCCCUCUGCUACUUAUGGCAUCUCUCUGCUGUAUUGUGAUGGGGAAUCCAUGGUGAUCUCCUGGAAGCGGCCCAUCCAUUCUGGAGGAGCAGAGGUCACCGAUUAUUACAUUGACAAAUGCAACGUGGCCAAGAAGACGUGGAAGGAGAUCAACGUUCCACCCCUAAAGGAAAGAUUGCACAAGGUUGGGGGCCUGACUUCUGGGGCAGUGUAUCAGUUUAGGGUCUAUGGGGCGAGUUUGGUUGGCCUGGGUGAGGCCUCUACCCCUAGUGCUCAAUUCAGAUGUGAAGCUUGGACUAUGCCUGAGCCAGGUCCAGCCUAUGACCUGACCUUCACCGAGGUGAGAGACGAUUCUGUGGUGGUGGAGUGGAAGGCUCCCGUCUACACCGGGGCCGGUCCUGUCACUGGAUACUACGUCGAGGUGUCUAAGAAAGGUUCUGAUAGCUGGAGCAAAGCUAGUGAAGCUUCAGUCAACCACUGCUAUCUGAAGGUCAAGGGUCUAGAGACGGGGGCAUCUUAUGUUUUCCGUGUGAGGACCGAGAACGCCAGCGGCAUCGGCAUGGCUUCAACCCUGUCUGAUUCUGUGUGUGUCAAGUCACUGCCAGGCACCCAAGAAAUCAAGUGUGGGGUCGAUGAAGAAUCAGGUGACAUUUAUCUCUCCUUCCAGAGCUGCAAAAUAACAGAGCAUUCACAGUUCACCUGGAAGAAGUCCUACCAAGAAAUUACAGAUUUUUCCUCUGGAAUCACUGUUAAAACAUCAGGCAGCCACUCCACUUUGCUUUUUAAGAACCCAACCAAGGAAGAUGUGGGCACAUUCUCCGUCUCGGUUACAAAUACUGACGGCAUCUCUGCCAGCCACAAGAUCUCAACAGAAGAGUUGGAGAAAAUGUUGGCCCUCAGCCAUGAAAUACGCAACCCAAUAAUCCCUCUGAAGACCGAGCUGGCCUAUAAGAUUCUAGAGAGAGGCCGUAUGCGCUUCUGGCUGCAAGUGGAGGCCAUCUCCUCUGCCGUGAAGUACAAAUUCUUUGCCAAUAACAAGGAGCUUGUCAACUGCGAGCAAACUAAAAUGAGUCACGACGUGGCCACGGGCAUUAUCGAGAUGGUGAUGGAUCAUUUCACCGAGGACAGCGAGGGCACUUUCACCGUGCAGAUCCAAGAUGGCAAAGCCAAGGCCCAGUCCACUUUGGUGCUGAUCGGAGACGCCUUCAAGGCAGCGCUGGCUGAGGCGGAGUACCAAAGGAGGGAGUACAUUCGUGUGAAAGAGGGCCCUCACUUCAUGGAAUUCCUGUCUUUCCACGUUGCGGAAAACGCCUCCGUCACUCUUGUUUGCAAGGUGGCUAAUUUGAAGAAGGAGUCUGUGUUUCAGUGGUAUAAAGAUGAUGCGGAGGUGAUUUCUGACGUGCCUGCCGACCUGAGCUCAGGAGUCUGCAGGUUCCCCCUUAAUGAUUUCUCAAAGAAGGAUGUGGGACUAUAUAAAGCAACCAUCACCGAUGACAGAGGCCAGGAUGUGUCACAGAUUGAUGUUUCUGGAAAAGCCUUUGAUGACAUCAUCAAUGAGCUCACCCGUAUCUCUGGAUCCAGCGCGGCCGAGCUGUCCAUCCAGUGCACUGCGGAGGGCAUUAUGCUUCAGUGUCAUAUGAAAUAUUACACGCAGGAGAUGAACAUCCACUGGAAACACAAGGAAAGCAAAAUCAGCGCAUCAGAAAGGAUGCAAAUUGGUGGCAACCCAGCAAUGGCCACUCUGCAGAUAGUCGAACCUACUGAUAAGGAGAAAGGACAGUACACCAUUGAGAUCGUGGACUCUGAGAAGACACACACCCGAACCCUGGAUCUCUCUGGACAACUCUACGAGAAUGCCUACGCUGAAUUCCAAAGACUCAAAGCGGAAGCUUAUGCUGAAAAGAAUCGCGGCAAAGUGGUUGGUGGUCUUCCUGAUGUUGUGACUAUUAUGGAAAAGAAGACUCUUAGUUUGACCUGCACAGUGUGUGGUGACCCCAAACCUCUGGUCACCUGGUCUAAGAGUGAUCAGGAGGUUGAGUUCAGCGAUCACUAUGUCGUCGCCAUGGACUCUGGCAAGUUCGCCAGCCUCACCAUCAAAGGCGUGUCCCUCGAGGACUCCGGCAAGUACACCAUGACGGUGCAAAACAAGUACGGCGGAGAGUCGGUGGACAUCAUCGUCAGCGUGUACAAGCAUGGCGACAAGAUCCCAGAGGCCAUACCCAAUCCGACACCCAUACGGAUCUUGCCUCCAACUGGUCCCAUUGUAAUUCCCGGCCUGAAGGAAACUAGCCCUACCCCCCCUGCCACCAAGUCCCCACCCCAAAGCACCAAAUCUCCCGUCCCGCCCCGUGGCAUGAAGUCUCCCACUCCCACCAGGAAGAAGUAACUCCCCAUCUCUCCAAAUCGGCCCGCCAGCCCAAAUAUGCUGUAACCUGUAGCUUGAGUGUAAUGGAAUAAUGGAAGUAGAUACAGCUUUUCUCACCCAAGAAGCACCGUCAUGUCAUAAAAUGAACAACCAUCUAAUAUCAAAACACCGUGUGGGAAGUGUGUGCGAUAGAGGGCGGAGCCAGUUAUUAUUAGCGCCACAGAAAAUGUGUGAAACAGUUCGUCAUCUGGGUUGCCUAUAAGAUGAGUGGGCCUCUGAUGAAUUUGGCUCCCUCUCUCCGGAGAUGCGUGGGGAAAAAGCUUUGAUGUUAGUUUAUUAAAUCUCUGUUUUUAAAAGCCGUUCUUUCAAUUAGCCACUGGAAUCCGGAGGCUUUGCAUUCUGGGUGGAUGGAUGGCCUGAGAGCGUGAGACCUCCGGCGGCGGCCGCGAGCCCAUCAGCGCUCUAGAUUAAUCUCCUCUCAACCUCACCUCAUGUCCUCGUCUUUCUCUCCUGCUUUUGUGUUAAUAAAAGAGGUUGAAACCACC